UUACCAAUUGAAUAUCAACAUUCCAUAAACAACUCUGAUUACAACUAUCAAGCUCGAAGCUGUUCGUUUGAAAAUACGACAAAGAUUUUUGUAAACGCGUCUUAAUGCCUAAAACGCCUCCCCGCUCGCGGAAUCGCGCGACUCGUGCUGUCCUGUCGGACAGUAUUGGCGACUGUAGCUGUAGUCGUUGAAAACUUGUCGCCUGGAUAUGGCAGUGGUAAUCUCGGAGUUUCGCUUGUGCGACGACGGUUGUCCGUGACUUUAAAAGUUGACGAAGUGACAAUAUGAAUGGUGGUAAGACGGUCUCGCGAAGAGAUUUGGGCCCGAUAUCACGACGACAGGGAACAAGGACGUCGAAAUCGCCGUAUACGGACUUUCCGCAGAUCAUGAUAGUUUAACAACAAGCCAGAAUAAUGGAUGGUACACGAGCUGCAGAAGUGUUGCCAUUGCUGCAAGAACGUUUGGCAAUACUACCUGGUGGACGGGAUCGUAGAGGCGGACCUGUACUCUUGUUUCCUAGUACACCAAGGCGCGAACGUGCCAAACCUGAAGAUUAUAGACGUCUCCUACAGUAUCUGUUUGCUAUUCCGAGCGAUGAAGCUAGAGGCCUACGAUUUACUGUAAUUGUGGAUAUGCGCGGUACUACAUGGGACUCUGUCAAACCUAUUUUGAAGGUAUUGCACGAGCAUUUUCAUCGUACGGUUCAUAUCGCUUUUCUCAUCAAACCAGAGAACUUUUGGCAGAAACAAAGGACUUCGUUAGCCAAACAAAAGAAAUAUAAUUUUGAGAUUAACACAAUCAGCUUAGAAGCUCUUGUAAAAGUUAUAGAUCCUUCUCAACUCACCGCUGAUUUGGACGGAUCUUUGCAAUAUGAUCAUGCUCAGUGGAUCGACACUAGAUUAGUUGUAGAAGACUUUACGUGGCAAGCGGCCGAUCUUCUCGAUCGGCUGGAUGACUUACAGGAGGAUCUCAGUCGAAAUGACUUUGCUGACGAUGUUGCAGGAGCUAAGCACGGCAUUGAUUUGCACAAUGAAAUGAAAAAGAAAAUUGUCAAAGUGCCGGUGGAAGACAUUAAAGUUGUUGGACAACGCCUGCUUCAGCGAUUUAACAAUAGUGCGACAGCAACCGGUGGGGAAGGCGGAAGCAUCGACAAUGGCGCAGCGAGUUGCGCAGAUACCGAUGGACGAGCACUGGCUACUCUGGUCGUUCAACAUUUAGAUUCAGUGCAUGCCGCGCAUCAACAUCUGUUAUAUUUAUGGCACAUUAAGAAGGUGAAACUGGACCAGUGUUUUCAGCUACGAUUGUUCGAACAGGACUGCGAAAAGAUGUUUGACUGGAUUUGCCACAAUCGGGAGGCAUUCCUCGCCAGUUACGUCGAGAUUGGCCGCUCGUAUCAGUUGGCCAAGAAUCUGCAAGAGGAACAUAAACAUUUCACGAUGAGUUCGAUGAACGUUUACGUGAACAUAAACAAGAUACUCACGAUGGCUGGUAGAUUGCUAGAAACGCAGCAUUAUGCAGCUGGACAUAUUCGUGCGGUGGCGGGUCGUCUUGAUCGUGCGUGGAAGGAGUUUGCGGCGGGUCUCGACGAACGUACCGCAGUACUUAGUUUAAGUGUAGUGUUUCAUCACAAAGCGGAACAAUACGUCGAUAACGUGACUGACUGGAGUCAGGCAUGCGACACUAGUAACCUACCAAAUGAAAUCCCAGUACUUGAAUCUCACAUUCGUCAGCAUCAAACUCUGUACGAAGCAAUGUGUCAGGCGUACACGGAGGUGCAUAGUACCAGUAAGAAGCUUCUUUAUCAACUGGAUCAUCUUGUGCAAGUCUGUAAUCAACCACAAGGAAUUGACCAUGUCGCCAGAAAACAUAGUCAAGAUGGACACAGUAUCGAUAGCCACACUGGCACAAGUGGUAAUCCAGCGGCCGAUUAUAGCGAAGGUGCAUCCCACGUAUUAGCUGUUAUUCAUCAGAUUCUCGGUCAUCAUAGGGCAUUGGAAGCUCGCUGGCAUGCCCGUAAAGUCAAGCUGCAUCAACGGCUGGCGUUAAAACUAUUUCAAGAAGAUGUGAAGCAGGUUCUCGAUUGGCUGACAAACCACGGUGAAGUUUUCAUUAGAAAAAAUACAGGUGUAGGUCGUAAUCUUCAGAAAGCACGCGUGUAUCAAAAAAGCCACGAACAUUUUGAAAACGUUGCCCAGAAUACUUAUACGAACGCGACGAAACUUUUGACCGCCGCCGAGGAACUUGCUCACACGGGAGAAUGCGCGCCCGACGAGAUAUACGCAGUAGCGCAAGAAUUGGAAGCUCACGUUAGUAGCUUCGCGGCGAGAGUCGAGCAACGGCGUCGCAGAUUGGAUCUGGCAGUAGUAUUCUACACUCACGAGAAAGAGCUCACUGGAUGGGUAGAUGAGCUACGUCAAGAAUUACAACAAGACGAGGUUGCUGAGAAUCUGGAGACGGCGGAGAGACUGUUGGAGCAAUGCGCGCAGCAUAGAUCGUCUUGUCUCGAGGCGUGUGCCUCGACGAUAGCACAAGGUGAGGCUUUGCUGCAGGAACUUCGCGAUGCGACUGACGCGCCCGACACGACCGGCUCGAUAUCGGCGGUGGAAUCGGCUUUGGACAGAUUAGCGAGCUUGCGGCAAGAAUUGGAAGAUUUGUGGGCCACCAGAAAGCUGCGACUAGAACUAUGCUUGCGAUUACGUGUAUUCGAACGAGAUGCGCUGGAGGCGAGCGGUCAACUGGAGAUGUGGACGCAGGAAUUGCAGGGUCCGCCGCGGGAAGGUUCUCCCGAACAACUGCUGCGCGUGCACAACGACGGAGUCGCCCAUAUGCAGAACACUGCCUUUCAAGUUUUGCACCGCGGUCAGGAACUAGCGCAGGUCCUGGAAGAGGCGGGAGUGUGCAUUAUGGCGGACGGUCAACAUAGCGCGGCGGCGCGAGUGCAAGUGCUUCUCGAGUUCUUGAAUGAAAGAGAAAUGGACGCAGAGGACCUCGCGGAGAUGCGAAGGGUACGAUUAGAACAGGCUUCCCAAUUGUUACAACUGCAAACGGAUGCGUCUCACGUAAUUAAGUGGAUACGGAAUGGUGAAUCGAUAUUACUGGCUUCACUGAGAAUACCAGAGAAUCAACAAGAGGCCGAUCUGUUGGUGAAGGAACACGAUCAAUUCCAACUCGCGAUAGCGAAGACUCAUGCCUCUGCCGUACAAGUGAAGCAGAGGGCAGACGCCUUAUUAACCGCGAAUCACUACGAUCCGAAGAGUAUCAGAGAAGUCGCGGAGGAUGUUACUAAACGGUGGCAGCAAUUAGUGACCUGUGCGGAAGAGCGACACAAAUUGGUAACUGCCAGUUUUAAUUUUUGGAAAACGGUAGACUCGGUACGUACAGUUCUGGACAGUUUAGAACAGCAAUACAGAGUGGACGAGGACUGGUGUGCUAGUGGCGAGAAAGGUGCCGGAGUACCAUCAUUGAUCACUCAUCAUCAGGAACAGAAGGAAGCUUUUCUAAAGGCGUGCACGCUGGUACGCCGUACCGGAGAAACGUUUUUAAAGUAUAUCAAUCGUAGUCUGCAAUUUUAUAGCUAUCAGUCUAACAGUGCCGGUUCCGCGAACAAAGUCAAAAAUAUUUUGGAGGAAUUAGUUGGUAAGGAAAACAGAGUACUCGAGUACUGGACUCAACGAAAGAAACGCCUAGAUCAAUGCCAUCAGUACGUUCUGUUCGAGCGCAGUGCGAAACAGGCACUCGAGUGGAUAAGGGAGACCGGGGAAUUGUAUCUGGCAACGCACACGAACGUCGGUAAGAAUCGUACUGAAAACGAGCAACUGCUACAAGAGCACAACGAGUUUAAAGGCGCGGCGAAAGAAACGAGGGAAAGAGUGAAAUUGUUGAUUCAACUCGCUGACAACUUGGUUGAGAGGGGUCAUGCCCAUGCCGCGGCGAUCAAACAGGCCGUCGCCGAGGUCGAUCAACGAUACAAAGAUUUUAGUACACGGAUGGAUUAUUACAAGACGCAAAUCGAAGGCGAUUUGGGUAUACAGUCUGACGACGUACAAAGAGAUCUCUCUUUCGACCGAAAUUCAGAUCCGUUACUGGAGGAAAAGAUCAAGGGUAAAGAUCUGAAGGAGUUGAAUGAGGAGAAAAGAAGAUCCGCACGAAGAAAAGAGUUUAUUAUGGCCGAGCUCUUGCAAACCGAACGUACAUACGUGAAGGAUUUGGAGACUUGUAUCCGCUGCUUCUUGGACGAAACACGAUGCGGAAAAGGAAAUGUUCCGUUGGGUUUACAGAGUCGAGAGUCGAUUAUUUUUAGUAAUAUAGAGGAGAUAUAUCAGUUUCAUAGCAAUGUGUUUCUACGUGAGCUAGAAAAGUAUGAGACCAUGCCGGAAGAUGUAGGACAUUGUUUUGUAGUGUGGGCACCUAAAUUUGACAUGUACGUAACUUAUUGUAAAAACAAACCCGAGAGCAAUCAGUUCUUAGUGACGCAUGGUGGGACAUGGUUUGAGGAAUUGCAGAGGAAACACAGAGCAGAACAUCCUAUCGCUGCAUACCUGAUCAAACCUGUACAGAGAAUUACAAAAUAUCAACUGCUACUUAAGGACUUGCAAAAUUGUUGCCAAGAAGGACAGGGCGAAAUAAAGGAAGGAUUAGAAGUGAUGUUAAAUGUGCCUAAAAAAGCUAACGAUGCCUUACACUUGAGUCUAUUGGAAGGUUGCGACGUUAGUAUAGAUGCACUCGGUGACGUUGUACUGCAAGACUCAUUCACGGUAUGGGACCCAAAACAGCUGAUUAGAAAGGGAAGAGAUCGUCAUAUAUUUCUUUUUGAAUUAUAUCUUCUCUUCAGUAAAGACGUAAAGGAUUCUGCCGGAAAGGUAAAAUAUAUUUACAAAAACCGUUUGUUGACCUCCGAAUUGGGUGUGACCGAGCACAUCGAGGGCGACGAGUGUAAAUUUGCAGUGUGGACAGGACGAGCACCGACUAGCGAUACUCGCAUAGUGCUGCGGGCGAGUUCGAUGGAGGCGAAGCAGCUGUGGGUGAAGAGAUUACGCGAAGUGAUACAGGAGACCUUCUUGGGCAAAAAUAUGCCGAAAAGCCCUGCCAAAAAGAGUUCCAGUCAACGUUCUAGCAGAGAUCUCGAGGAAUGCGCAUCCUUGGACGACAGUGUGGAGAAUCUGGAUAGAAAUUCGUUGGCUUCCUUUGGUUCAACCAACACUACGGAUUCUGACAAGACCGGGGUGGUAGAAAUGACGUGGGUCGUGGCCGAUCAUAUGGCGGCACCGGGCUCGAGGGAGCUCAGCGUGACGAAAGGGCAGCAGGUGGAAGUGUUGGAGAAUGGCAGCACCGGUAUCGCCGGAGUUUCCAACGCCGGCGAAUGGACCCUGGUGCGUUUGCCGCUCACACCCGGACAAACUGAACCUCCCGCGGAAGGUUUGGUGCCCACCAGUGCCCUGAAGCAGCCACCGACCGCCUCCUGCAAAACUUCGCCGUCCAGAAAAGCGUCCACGCAACAGCAGCAUCAUCAACAGUCGCAUCAUCAUCCGUACCAUCAACAGCAGAUCAGUCAGGCGAUCGUUCAAGCACAGCAGCAGACUGCCGUUACAUCCUCGACCACCACCAGCACAUUGCCGCUGACCGGCACGGUCAAUGCUGCGUCGACCGCGCAGCAAACGGCAUCGUCGUUGACGGUGCUGUCAUCCGCGGUGCUGUCGCCAAUGUUAUCGGAGGAUGCAGAGACCACCGGAAGUGACGGUAGCGGAUCAGGCAAUACAAAUUCACCUGGCAACAAGAGACGAGGUUUUAGUGGACGGAAGUGGCUCCCACCGCCUUUACGUAAACUUAGCCAAGGUAAAGUUGAGAAAACCAAUAUGGCCGUGACGACGUCAUCGUCUCCUUUGAUUGGACCGUCUUUGAAGAAGAGCAACUCGGACAAACGCUUUAAAUUACCCAGCGGUGUUGAGCACAAUCGGCCCACCAAGGCCACGUUCGAAGCGGAGGCCGAAGCUCAAGAGGGCGAGGAAGUCGAUAAAGAGGAGGAGAACGAAGAACAACAAGAGAUUGAAGUGGACGUGGACGCGGAUGUUACGGAGAGUGACGAAACGGCAGUGGCGAGUUUGCAAGAGCAAAACGGCGGCGAAGACGCUGACGAUGAUUUGGAACUCCCACCUCCAAUGAAGCCUAUAACCGAACCGAUACUCGUGACGACCGCAAACGGUCCGUCAGGAUCCACAAUACCGAGUGAACUACCCGGGAAACGAUCUGCUGAACGUACGACAAAGAUUCUUGAUGGCAGCGCGGCGACAACGGCCGAUCUUUCAGAAAUCGAACAGAUCGUGAAGGAGAGAAUGGAGCAACAUACGGAAAAUCAGGAAAGACAAAGUCUCAUGCGAACCCCUAAUGGAAAAUCGUUGAACAAUGAUGAGGAGUAUUGUAUUGCGACUACCAAUCCGGUCGAGGAAUCGGACAAGUCAGAUCCGGAGGGUACUGCGAUCGCCAAACGACAAUUUGUUAUUCGUGAACUGGUGGAUACCGAGAGAGACUACGUCAAUGAUUUAAAGCAGAUAGUCGAAGGCUACAUGGCACUAAUGCGAAAUCCCGACUGUGAGAUUCCCUUGCCGGAAGAUUUACGCGGUGGGAAAGAUAAAAUGGUUUUCGGUAAUAUAGAAGCUAUUUACGAGUGGCAUCGAGAUUUUUUCCUCAAAGCUUUGGAACGUUGUUUGGAGCGACCCGAAGAGCUCGGGCCUCUUUUUAAACGUUAUGAACGAAAGUUACACAUGUACGUGGUUUAUUGCCAGAACAAGCCCGUUUCGGAAUACAUUGUGUCAGAAUACAUAGAUACUUACUUUGAGGAACUUAGGCAAAAACUUGGCCAUCGUCUGCAGCUCUGCGACCUGCUGAUCAAACCCAUACAAAGGAUUACAAAAUAUCAACUUCUUCUACGGGAGGCACUGCGCCUCACUGAACGAACUGAAAGGUUAUCGGAAAUCGAAGGCCUCAGAGCGGCGGCUCAUGUCAUGCGAGUUAUUCCUAAAGCUGCGAACGAUAUGAUGGACGUUGGUAGAUUACAAGGUUUUGACGGAAAGAUAACCGCGCAAGGAAAACUUUUGCUGCAUGGCCCGCUUCUGGUGUCGGAAAUAUCAAACGUAUUGACGAGAGGAAAGGAAUGGCAAGUUUUUCUUUUCGAGCAAAACAUUAUAUUUAGCGAAUCUGUCGGCAAGAAGACGCAAUUCACCAAUCCUGCUUACAUAUAUAAAGCGCACAUUCAGGUGAACAAAAUGAGUCUUGAAGAUUCGUACGACGAUCCGGAGAAAUUUGUCAUUCGUUCGACGGAUCCUCGAAAACCCGGGCUAGGAUUCUCAUGUAGCGUAGCUGAAGAAAGUAAUGGACCGCGCAGGCAGGAGUGGGUGGACACGAUCACUGCCAUCCUGCAAACCCAGCGCGACUUCCUGAAGGCGAUACAAUCACCGAUUGCCUACCAGAAGGAACUUACCAAAGAUCCACUCCGUGCCACCACUACCACGUCUGAACCUGCAAUACGAGCAACCGUAUCGGUUCCUCCGACGCUGAUGGUCCCUGGAUCGACAAACAGAGACAAGAGUAACGACCGUAGAACGAAUCAGCAAUCCUUGCAACGCUCUCAUACCGGGGGACUGGAUUGCGCGCAACCACGUACGCCCAGCCCGACAAAGAGUAGACUAAACUUCUUGGAGGGAUUUAAGAAUACUCUGCGUACGCGAUCGCCGAUCCGCAACAAUUCCAUCCCGGUCGUUCCAGGUGCUCGCGUAAGAUUAGCCGCAGAUUGGGGCAGGUUGCACGCCGGUGACGAGAUUGUCGUUUCCCACCUCGAUGGGCCGGGCUUAGUGGUAUCGCCCGUGAAUACCAAGGACGAAUUGUGGAUUCCGGCGAGUCUCGUGCCAAACUCGGCGAUCAGCCGAGCAUGGUCGUUCCGACCACGAAAGAUCGAUCUGGUGAAGAGCGGCCACUCGGUCAAUUUCCGCGAGUCCACGACACCCGAGCAGAAAAGCCCAAUCGUCCUUAACAGCCCGAUGUCGAUCCGCGCGGUCACCGGAGAAGUUGUUGGGCUUCCCGUCGAGACGCGCAAUGCGGACGGUGCAACCGUGACCUGGAGGAAGGAAGGCGAGAAUCGAUGCAUAAGAGAAGACGAUCGAUAUCAGUUCCAGCGAAGCGCGAACUUUGUGUACUUACAGAUCACCGGUUGUCGAGCUUCGGACUCCGGGAUAUAUCACUGUCGUGUCAAAUGCGAGGCAGGUUCCUGCUCCACGAAAAUUUCUCUCUUUAUCGCAGGUGGCAAGAGCGGUACGUCAGCACGCGUUGUAGCAUCCUCGAAAGUCGAAGUAGACUGGGAAAAACAGGAUAUCGAUAGCGCGUCGUGCAGCAUAGAGUGCAGAACUUUACCGUCACAACAGUGGAUACCGGUGCUGAACCAGGCCAAUGAUCCGCCUGCCAUAGUGGACGUAUUGCCGGAUACCUCGUACAGUUUUCGGGUGAUGGGUGAUGACGGUAAGACGACUUCGCCGUCGGUCGUGAUAACUCUGUCGAGACUGGAUGUUGACGGUGGCGCGGAAUGGGAGGCCAAGCAGUUCAUCGGCAGAUACUUGGAGCUGGACGAGUUGGGCAGCGGUAGAUUCGGUACGGUUCGUCGCGCCAGAGACAAGGGUACCGGCCAGGAGGUAGCUCUCAAGCAGAUCCCGCGACACAAGCAGUCGAGGUCGUUGACGCGCGCGGAGUACGACGUACUGGCAUCUACCCAUCACGCCAAUAUCGUCAGGGCGUUCGCCCUGUUCGAGAAUGCGCCUCGACCCGGCAUCGACACCAUCGUUCUCGAACUGGUCAAGGGUACGACGUUGUUCGCGUGUCUGAGCGAGAAAACCAAGUACAACGAGGCGACUGUGGCACGGUAUACUGGCCAGUUGCUGUCCGCACUGUACUGGUUGCACUGUCGCAAUCAGGCGCACCUCGACGUGAAACCGGAGAACGUUCUCAUCGAUCAAGAGGCGGACCAAGUGAAGCUAAUAGAUCUGGGUGAAGCGGUGAGGACGCCCAUCGACGAGAUCGUACCACCACCUGCCGAUCUGGAAUUUGCGGCGCCGGAAUUAGUGCUAGGUAGACCGACCGGUCCUUACACGGACAUGUGGGCCGUCGGUGUUUUUAUUUAUGUACUUCUAAGUGGAUUAUCGCCUUUCUUGGACGACUCCGUGGAGGAAACCACCGCCAACAUACUCAAGUGUGAUUUUUGUUUUCCCGAUGAGUACUUUGAGACGAUAUCCAGCGACGCGAAGGAACUUCUUGGAAGAUUACUGUGUCUGUGUGGCGAGGAUCGACUGAAUGCAGAAAUUUGUCUUGCUUCGCCAUGGUUGAAGGUAUCGACUGGCGCUAUCAUACCGUCCACUAGAAUGGCCGCAUUUAUAGAACGUCGUGCGCACUGUCUGAAACUGCGUCAAGAUCAUAACGAUAGUUUUUAUUCUUAAAACUAACAAUACACACUAAGAGCAUGUGUUACAUGACAUAUUUAUAUAUGUAAAUAGCAAAAUAUACUUAAAUGUAGAACUAUUAA